UUAGGUUAUGUAUUUAUUUCUUCGUAUGAUGUGUCAAAUUUUUUAGCAUAAAUAGUGAUUAUCGUUUUUACUGUUUCUAAAGUAUUUUAAUAUAAAUGUGAAGACAAUUGGACACAUUUCACUGUUUACACAAUGGCUGUUGUGAUUGAAACAACUCUUGGUGACAUUACGGUGGAUUUAUAUCUAGAUCAAAGACCCGUAACAUGUUUGAAUUUUCUAAAGUUGUGCAAGAUGAAAUACUACAACUACAACUUGUUCCAUACGAUCAGAAGUGGCUUCAUAGCUCAGACCGGUGACCCAACAGGUGAAGGUUCUGGCGGACAGUCUAUAUUCGGUCUGCUGGAAGGACCAGACAAACGAUUCUUUUCUGGUGAAAAAAUGCCCAAGAUUCGACACACAGGCGCAGGUUUGCUCUCAAUGGUGGGCACCGGAGAUAUGAUGAUCGGUUCGCAGUUCUUCUUCACCUUGGCGCCUGAUUUAGACUCCUUGGAUGGCAUUCACUGCGUUAUCGGCGAGGUUACUGAGGGGCAUGAUGUGCUGAGGAAAUUGAACGAUGUUAUAUGUGACGAGGGCUACCGUCCGUAUCGCGAUGUACGUAUAACACACACUGUAGUACUUGAAGAUCCCUUCAAUGAUCCCCAUGGACUGAGGGCCCCGUCAAGAUCACCAUCUCCAAGCGCUGAGCGUCUGAAGGGUGGUAGAAUCGCUCCAGAUGAGGAAAUUGAUGAAACACAAGGCAAGUCUGCAGCUGAAAUACAGGAAAUGAUUGAAGAGAAAGAAGCUAAAGCUCGUGCAACUAUUCUAGAAAUUGUAGGUGACCUGCCAGAUGCUGAUAUUGCUCCUCCUGAAAAUGUUCUAUUUGUUUGCAAACUAAAUCCAGUUACUACUGAUGAUGACUUAGAGAUUAUAUUCAGUAGAUUUGGUAAAAUUGUCAGCUGUGAGGUCAUUAGAGAUAAAAAAACUGGUGACUCUUUACAGUAUGCUUUCAUUGAAUUUGAUGAUAAAAAAUCUUGUGAAGAUGCAUAUUUCAAAAUGGAUAAUGUAUUAAUUGAUGACAGAAGAAUUCAUGUAGAUUUCUCUCAAUCUGUGUCAAAGAUGAAGUGGUUAGGCAAAGGCAGAGGUGUAAAGUAUUUCAAUGAUGAAGAAGCUCUAGAAAGGGAAAAGGGAAACAAUAUGAAGAAUGAUAAGCCUACACAUUCUAGAAACAAAAAUGAUGAACAUAGGAAUCAUGAUAGACAUCAUCACAGCAAUAAUAAAAGGCAUGAUGACCGUGAAAAAGAUAGAGAAAGAGAACAUAGAUCAGACAGACAUAGCAGACGUGAAAGAGAAUCAAACCACAGGGUCGAAGAAAGGUCACAUAGGAAGAGAAGUAGAAGCCGUUCAAAACGUGACCGAUCGAGGGAUGACAGAAAUAAUCAUAACAAUGACAAUAAUGUGUCAAGAAAAUCUGAUAGAAAUAAUAAGGAAUAUAAUAGAAAUGAGUCUAGCAGACACAAUAAUAAUAGAAAAAGAGAUGGUUCUCCUGAUAAUAAUAUUUCUCGCAAUUCUAACAAAAACAGUAAAGAUCAUAAACAUGAGUCUAAUAAGAAAGAAUAUGACAGAAGUAGAAAUAAUGAUCAUAGUGUAUCAAGAAAUUCAGAGAGAAGCACAAGAGAGUACAAAUAUGACUCAGACAAACAUGAAAAUGAUAGAAGUAAAGUAAACCAUAAUGAUAAAAACUCUUCAAGGAAUUCCGACAAAAAUGUUAAAGAGUACAAACAAGAGUCACAAAGAAAUGAAUAUACAAGAAAUAGACGUAAUUCUGAUUCUGAACCAAGGGGAAGGUCUUCACCAGCCAGGCAAAGAGAGUCAGAAAAAUCUGUAGAACAUAAGAAUAGGCAUGAGAACAAUGACAGAAAUACUGAAAGAGAAAAUAAUAAAUUAAAACGCAAAAGCCAAGAAGAACCAGACACCAAAAGUAAGAGGCAUAAGAAAGAUGGUCAGAAUAUUGAACCCAGAACUCCCACACCUACUGACACUAAGAAAAAACAGAAAACCUCAACCAAAAACAGCUCAAAGAAGGUCAAAACUAAAAGGGUUGUCAAAAAGAAACGUAAACCAUCCACAUCAUCUGAUAGCUCAACAGAAUCAAGCUCUUCAAGUAGUACUGAAUCUAGUUCAUCAAGUGAAGAGGACCGUAAGAAAAAGUCUUUGAAAAGGAGAAAGAAGAAGUAUUCCACCUCUAGCACUAGCAGUAGUGACAGCACAUCCAGUUCAUCAUCAAGCACUGAGUCCAGUAGCUCCUCCAGCUCUAGCUCUGAUGAUGGUAAAAAGAAAAAAAGUAGGAAACAUUCUAAUAAAAAGAAAAAGUUAUAGGAUAUUAUUAAUAUUAGGAAAAUACUAAAUAGACUAAAACAUUUGAAGUGUGUGUUUAGUUGACCUUUGCUGAAGCUAAGUUAAAGUGGCUUGUUUGCAUGUCAUAUAGUUUUAAGAUUCUCAAAUGUAAAUUCCAUGUGGCCAUGUAUGUGUACUGCCUUCAAUUAAUUAAUUUUUAUAACUUAGAACUUGACAGACUGAGAAAGCAUACUUACAUAGUACACUAUUCUAGUAAAAGACACUGAUAUUAUAGUCAUUUUUAUUACAAACUUAAUAAGCAAUAAUACAAAUACAUUAAGUACUUAGGACAUUCAAAUGUGAACUUAGACCUAUUUUAUAUUGCAUCCAACUAUGCCUAAUUCGGAACCAAUUAAAUAAUGUUAAAAAUGAGAUUUAAAUUAAUAUAACACCAAUAGAUUUUUAACCGAAAAUGCAGUAAAAUUGCACUCGUAAAGUAUUAUGUAUUUUUAAAUAAAAUAUUGAUAUUAAACGUAGAUCAGGUAUCUAUCAUACCUGGGGGUAAUGUGUAAUUGUAGACUCGCCUUUUUCUAGUACAAUUUGUCUUAUGAUUAGGAUUGUUGAUGUAAUAAUGCCCAAAUAAAGUAGCUAGUACUGCAUGUUCACUUAAGCACUAAGCACUAAUGUAAUGCAAUAGACUGAAAAUGAACCAUUAAAAGUUUAGGAGGUAUAAAGUCAUUGUUGUAUGUAUUUGCAUUACCUUUGAUGGUAACUUGCAUACCAACUUCAUUUAUUGUUCUUUCUAAUUUUGUAAUUAUCUGAGUAUCUAUGUUUAAGUAGGUAUAAAUUAUUAUCAAUUCAGGUAGUACAUAAUUGAUAACACUUAUCUUACUGCAUGAAUCAAUUUGUCUGGAGUGCAUUUUCAAUGGUUUUAUUUAUGUGGUAAUUCUCAAUAAGUUGUUUUUCUUUUUCAUUUUGUUUUUACUUGUACAUAAUUAUGUUUUUUUUUAACACCAUAAUGUCACAACUUCUUUUUACUUUUUAUUGUAAUUGCAAUAGAUGUUAAUAUUUGUCCUGUAGAGCCUAUGAUCUAGUUUUAAAUAUUUAUCUUUCAUUUUAUCUAGGAAUACUAAGAUAUUCACAUCCAGGAUAGUAAUCAGAUUGUAGGUAAUUGUUACAUAUUUAUGUAUGAAUAUUUUUGUAUAUUAUUAAAGGCGUUCAAUGCACAAAA